AUGGAGUCUUUCCAAGUUGUUGGAGGCGAUGCGAAGAAAUGGAGUGGGAGUAGCGAGUCUGGAUGGACAAUGUAUAUUGGCUCCCCCACCAUGCGUAGCGAAAGUAAUGAAGUUUACUACAAUAUCAGUGAUCGUAAAAAAGGGGGUGGAAAAAUCAAUGGCAAGAACUGUAUUGUUGAUCGUCAUGAUGGUGAGAGUGAUGACUCCAUGGUUUCAGACGCCUCCUCCGGCCCAAGCCACCGUGAAGAAGUACUACUUCCACGUGGGAUCGGCGGCAGAAAUCGCAGCGGCGGAUGGCGGCUCAGGCAUGCAGAUAGAGAUAAGAAAGUAACUUGCAGAAAGGAGAAGAAGAGAGAGGAUGAAAGAUUAAGGGUCAGAGAAAAGGGGGAGGAGGAGGAGGAAUUGCUGCACAAGGCAGAUAGUGCUGAAAGUCAGGUGUGA